AUGGGUAGCUUUAGAGACGAAGAAGAGGAAUCUCAAUUUUUCGAUGCCUCGGACCACAUUGCACCAGCAUUGGAGUUAGGUUCUGAUUGUCCAAGCAUUAAUAAUUGGGAAUAUGAUGUGUGGAUUGGGAGUCCUCAAAGUGUUAGAGAGCGUCGAAGAAAAUUUGUUAGAUGGAUGGGAUUGAACCCAGAUAAGUUAGGAGACAAUUCAGUAGAUGUAUAUGAUGAUGAAGGUGGUGUAUUUAGAGAAAAGAUUGAUAGAAUUAUGGAGAGUACUGGGGCUGUAGAGAAAACCUCAAAUUUUGAAGAUGAAUUUUCAUCUAGCCGUUCUUCUAUGUCAAGUUGGACCACUGAUGGUUUCGAUUCAUCCGGAGUGGGUUCUACUGAAAAUUUUGCAUAUGAAAGUGGGAAUUCGAACAGCGGAAUUGAAAGUAGUGCAGAUGAUUUAAAGGAGGAGGGCAGGCUGAGAAAACUUCACGUUGGGGAAUCGGACCAAUUGCUGAUACAUAAGGAAUUUAAUAACAUUUAUCAAUUAUGUCCCUCAGCACAGCAACUUGUGCAGGGAGAAAUGGAGUUCAACGGAAACAAUGCGAGGGUAAUGAAUAAUAUGAAAGGCCGAUGGUUGACUAGAUUGCGAUCCUUCACAUGUAUGACGAGUGGGAAUGAGAGAAGCGAUGAUCCACGAUCCAAUAGCUCCAGCCAAGCUCAAGGGACCAGGGUCCACAGAGUCAGGGUUCGCCAUUGUCAGAGAAGGUUGAAGGAACUCUCAGCUCUCUUCACAGGACAAGAUAUUCAGGCGCAUGAUGGGUCAAUUUUGACAAUGAAAUUCAAUCUUGAUGGACAGUACCUGGCAAGCGCUGGUGAAGAUAAGAUUGUGCGAGUCUGGCAAGUGGUGGAAGAUGAGAGAUCAGAUAAUGCCGACAUUACAGAUGCAGAUCCGUCAUGCAUAUACUUCUCUGUGAAUCAUCUAUCUGAAUUGGCACAUCUGACCGUGGAGAAAGAUAAAACUAAUAAAUCCACAAGUCUGAAAAAAACACCUGACUCAGCAUGUAUUAUACUCCCUCCUAAGGUUUUUCGAAUUUUGGAGAAGCCAUUGCAUGUGUUGCAAGGACACAGUGGGGAGAUCUUGGAUAUUUCAUGGUCGAAGAAUAAUUGUCUUCUUUCGUCGUCAGUUGACAAAACUGUUCGUUUGUGGCGGGUUGGGUGUGAUCAGUGCCUCAAAGUCUUUUCACAUAGUGAUUAUGUGACCUGCGUUCAGUUUUACCCUACGAAUGAUGAUUACUUCAUCAGUGGAUCAAUAGACAGGAAGGUUCGCAUUUGGACAAUCAGUGGCUGUCAAGUUGUUGAUUGGACUGAAAUAAAGGAUAUAAUAACUGCUGUUUCUUAUCGCCCUGAUGGACAGGUUUGUGUUAUUGGCUCUAUUUCAGGCUCCUGUUAUUUUUUUAAUGUAUCAGAUAAUCAUUUCGAAUUGGAAGUUCAGGUGUGCUUAACCAGUAAAAAGAAGUCCCCAUGCAAAAGGAUAACUGGCUUUCAGUUUUCCCCACAAGACCCAAGCAAAGUGUUGGUCACUUGUGCUGAUUCACGAGUUAGAAUUCUUAGCGGUGUGAAUGUGAUUGCAAAAUACAAGGGCCUUCGUAGCUGGGGGAACCAGAUCCAUGCAUCAUUCACUUCAGAUGGAAGACAUAUUGUCUCGGCUUCUGAGGAUUCUAAUGUUUAUAUGUGGAACUACAUUGGUGGGGAAAAGUAUCCUGCCUUGCACCCAAAAUCCAGUAGAUCCUUUGAGUAUUUCUCAUCUGAUGCCUCCAUUGCAAUACCUUGGUCUGGCUUGAAAAUUGAGUUUUUCUUAGACUCCAGCCCCAAGGGAUCUGCGACUUGGCCUGAGGAAAAGCUUUCCAUGUCUAGUCCCCAUUCCGUGACAUCAACAUUGUGUAAAUCUCGAUACAAGCUUUUCAAGACUUCUUGCCAGAGUUCAUCCAUUUCUCAUGCCUGGGACAAGGAAGCAGGCUGGCACGUGAGGUCGAUGGCAGGACCCAAUCCAUCCAUGUUGCUUUGCCUUCGGAUAUUUGAGGAUGCUGAUCCAGUCGGCCUGUUCAAAUUGCAACCCGGCUGCCAGUUAGCAAACAGAUCAGUGGGACUCAGUGGAGCAGGAGCCUGUGGUCGAUAUUCGUUUGGAGGAAACAGUGGGGAACGCCUUCUUUUACGUUUACUUGUUGACUGGUUUGAAUGA